UCGACGCGUCGGCUCGCGCGAAGACUCGCAUCAUGGGCGGCCCGAUGGGCGGCAGCUCCGCGCCGCUCGCGCCGGAGAAGGGCGUCUUCCCCUUGGACCACUUCGGCGAGUGCAAAAAGACGAUGCGAUCGUACCUGAGCUGCCUGAAGAGGCACGGCAACGACGCGUCCGCGUGCCGCGAGCUCUCGAGGGCGUACCUCGCGUGUCGCAUGGACCGCGAGCUGAUGUCGCCGCAGCCGCUCGAGGAGCUCGGGGAGGAUUCGUCGGCGGCAUGA